AUGAAGGAGCCCGCGUCCAGCCUGGCGUCGCAUCGUGGCCUGGUCAUUUCAACGGAAUCGGGCUUCUAUGGGGCCAUCCCCCGAUUGCUCACCUACAGCCCCGACAAGAUCUGGACCUUCUCGGCUCCCUUUGUGGUCCGAGACCUCACCGUUUGCAACGCCGUGAGCAAUGUGCUGCCCCACCUCGUGGCUUUGCUCUACGCCUUGAUUCUGAUGAUCAUCUUAUGUUUCACUGCCUUUCCAGAUGGCGAGAUUGGAGAAGGGAAGGCCUGCGAAGCAGGCAACGUCCAAAUGUGCCAGCUGGAGGAGACCAUGAAGAACGCCAAGGUUGAGUUUCGCUUCCUGGUGGCCUUUGUGCUUGCGGGCUUUGUGGCAAUGACCGUGGGGACAUGGCAUUCGCGGAGGACAACGUAUGCUUCUCUUUGCGGCAACGUCCGCAAUCUGAUCGUACAGCUCGCGACCUUCAUUCCGGUGGACAAGAGCAACCAACAGCUAAUGCAAGAGCGACGCAAGCUGGGUCGAUGGGUGAUUCUGGCGUUUGAGCUGGCGCUACAGAAGGCUCGGGGGAAGAUGGAUGCACUCGAGACUCGUGAGUUCUUAGAAAGCACCAAGACGGUGCUCCCUGCAGAGUGGAACGCCAUGGUCGCCGGCGAUCGCCACACGACGGUCAUCGCUUGGAUUCAGCAGAAGUGCGUUGCUCUUCAAAAAGACGGAGUGCUCCUUGCCCAAGCCUUGCCCAAAAUUUCAGAAGACAUCAGCAGUCUGCGUGGCAAAGCCAACGACUUAAUGGGAUGCCUUGAACAAGAUAAGCCUUACGCGUAUUCCUCCCUGGUGGGGUUGCUGGUCAACAUCAACCUUCUCAUCAUGUGCACCUGGAAAGGCGUAGAGUGGUCAAUCUGGUGUCGCAGCUUCGGUGACAAGCUCUUCGAGCAACCGAAGUUUUGGCUCGAUCUGCUCGUGCUCGUGGUUUGGAACAUGUCCUAUCGUGCCCUCUAUGACCUCACGACCACUCUUCACAACCCUUUCGGUGCCCGGCCCCUCGAUGUCUACCACGAGACCAUCUCGAAGGGCCUCCGGUCUUUAGCUGAGCAGAUGAUGGAGGGAGCGAGCGUCGCUCCCGAAGACGGCUAA